GAGGCCAAUUAAAAAGAAAGGAGAAGAAAAGCAACCUUGUUGAUGAUCCAAAAUGACAAAGCAUCCACCAAACAGAAGAGGGAUCAGCUUUGAGGUGGGAGCCCAGUUGGAGGCCCGUGACAGAUUAAAAAACUGGUAUCCAGCUCAUAUACAGGAAAUUGACUAUGAAGAAGGGCAAGUACUCAUCCAUUUCAAACGCUGGAACCAUCGUUAUGAUGAAUGGUUCUGCUGGGACAGUCCUUAUUUACGUCCAUUAGAGAAAAUACAAUUAAGAAAAGAAGGGUUACAUGAUGAAGAAGGAUCUUUUGAAUUUCAUAUAAAUGAACAGGUACUUGCUUGCUGGUCAGAUUGUCGGUUUUACCCAGCCAAAGUUACUGCUGUUAACAAGGAUGGUACUUAUACUGUGAAAUUUUAUGAUGGAGUAAUUCAGACUGUCAAACAUAUUCAUGUCAAAGCUUUUUCCAAAGAUCAGAAUAUUGUGGGCAAUGCCAGGCCUAAAGAAAAAGAUAAUGAAAGCCUCUCAUCUCCUGAAAACCAAGAGAAGUUUAAAGAGCAGAGAAAAGUGUCUGCUCAUGCUAAAAAAGAGAAAGAUGAUAAAACUUUAAAGGCUGAAAAAAGAGCCAGACAGCCUGACAGAGAAGGAAAGCUAGUCAGUCCUGACAAAGGGAAGGGGUCUGAAAAAGGUCUGCUGAAGAACGAGAAAGAGGACAAGGAGAAUAUUUCGGAAAAUGAUAGAGAAUAUGCUGCGGAGACGCAGGCAGACAAGAAGCCUGAGAAUGACAUUGUGAAGAAUACACAAGAGAACUUAAGGGAACCUAAAAGAAAACGAGGCCGACCCCCUUCCAUACCUCCAUCUGAACCAAAUUCCCAAACUUUGCAACCAAUAACAUUGGAAUUAAGACGACGGAAAAUAUCAAAAGGAACUGAAAUCCCAUUAAAGCGCCCCAGGCUUGAAAAAAAUUUAUCUCAGGAAAAGUCAAAAGCAUACCCAGAAAACAAUGACAAAGACUUGACCAGGAGGCGAUCAUCAAGGCUUUCUAAUAGUGGAAGCCAUGAGAUCCUAGAUGCAGACGUGGUCAUAUCAAAUGUGGUUGAUAGUGCUCCUUCAGAAGACACUCUGCCUCUUGCCAAGGAACCAGAAGAAGGUCAGUUAGAAUCUCCUGUCCAAUCUGAUAAAAGCUCAUCUGAACUAACAAGCCGGUCCUUUGUGGAUGAAUUGGAGACUGCAGUGUUUGAUUUGAAUUGCAAUUCAAUGGAAGACAAAGCUGUAGACAGUGAACUAGUCUCUCCACUUGCUGAAUUGAAAGAGAAUUCUGCUGUAACAGCAACAAAUGCUAUUAAGAGAGACGAAUUUGUUACUUCAAAAGUUCCUACUAUUGACCUGAACCACAAAUUUAGAUGCACAUUUGUGGACUGUUUAAAAUUCUUCCGCAAAGCUAAACUUCUGCACUAUCACAUGAAAUAUUUCCAUGGAGUAGAGAAGACACCAGAACCUGAGGAGAGUUCAGUGAAAAGGCAUGUCCAAACAAGAGGUUCUUUAGCCUCUGAAAAGGCCAGUCAAGAUGGGCUUACCAGAAAGCGGAUUACCUCUAGUUCCUUAUCUGUAAAAGACAAGGAAAAGAACAAAGAAAAGAAGUUCAGAGAAUUUGUAAGAUUAAAGUCUAAGAAGAAAAAGAAAAAGAAAAAGAAAUCUAAGCCUGAAUACUCUUGCAGUGAGGAUGCUAGUGAUGCUUCCCAAGAGUGUUCACCUCCAAAGCCAUUUGCUGUUACCAGGUGUAGUUCCUCAAAUAAAUCUGGUAUUCCUCUGAGUACAUCAUCAGUCCAUAUCUUUGGUUCCGGAAAUCACCGAGAAAGAGGAAAAAUACCUGAAGAUGAUAAUGUGAGUGAUUCUUCUUCAGAGAGUUUUCUCUGGAGUGAUGAAGACUGUAGCCAUGAUAUUGAUGUGACCACUAAUCCAGAUGAUGAUCCUGAUGGGGAAGACAACUUUGAUUUUGAAAUUGUCCGGUGCAUUUGUGAGGUCCAGGAAGAAAAUGAUUUUAUGAUUCAGUGUGAAGAAUGUCAAUGCUGGCAGCAUGGAGUGUGCAUGGGUUUGCUAGAAGACAACGUGCCUGAGAAAUACAUCUGCUAUAUUUGCCAAGAUCCUCCAGGUCAGAGACCUGGUGUAAAGUACUGGUAUGAAAAGGAAUGGUUAAGUCAUGGUCACAUGCAUGGUUUGGCAUUUUUAGAAGAUAAUUAUUCCCACCAGAAUGCCAAGAAAAUUGUAGCCACUCACCAGCUUCUUGGUGACGUGCAGAAGGUGAUAGAAGUUCUACAUGGACUGCAGCUGAAGAUGAGAAUUUUACAGAGCAAAGAACACCCUGAUUUACAGUUGUGGUGUCAACCCUGGAAGCAGCACUCAGGGGGUGAGAAGUCUCAUCCCAAACAUGCCCUUCACAUUGAAGAUAAGAGGAAAGAAGAUCUGCCAAGCUAUAGAACUUUCAGUGGGACAGUAGAAAAAACACUGCCCUUUCCUUCUAUGGAAGAGUCUUACAUCACCAGUGAACACUGCUAUCAGAAACCUCGAGCCUAUUAUCCUGCCGUAGAACAGAAGCUGGUAGUAGAGACCAGAGGAUCGGCUAUGGAUGAUGGUGUUAACCCCAUCCGGGAGAAUGGAGAUGAUGUGCUCUCAGAAAGGUUUGGCUGGGAAUUAGACCAAGAAAAAAUCAAGAUACAAAAUGAAUUGAGAAACACUUACUCAAAGGUGAGGGAAUGCUCUUCCAAAAAGGCCCCCUCAGAGGAAGCCCCCACCCUGAAGCUGUUGGAAAAAGACAGGGAAGGAGUGGUGAAUGCUCAGCUCCAAUGGCAAUUUAAUCUACUCACACAUGUCGAAUCUCUUCAGGAUGAAGUCACGCACAGGAUGGAUUCCAUUGAGAAGGAACUGGAUGUUCUGGAGAGUUGGUUGGAUUACACGGGAGAACUGGAACCACCAGAGCCUUUAGCCAGACUCCCUCAGCUCAAGCAUUGCAUAAAGCAACUUCUGACGGACUUGGGAAAGGUGCAACAGAUUGCACUUUGUUGUUCUACAUGAGACUGAUGUGAGCACUGGCCUUGCAUCAUCACUAGGAUGUCUGUAGGAGGCCCCUUUGUUAUAUUUAAACAAAACUUGCAUAUGGAUUGCAUGGAACAUGGAUUGACUUCAGGGAUCCAGGCAGAGUGUGGUGGACACAGGGCAGGCACCCUAUUCGCCAUCAAGACUGCUGAGAGCAGGGUGUUCCACACUACACAGACUUCAAGAGAAGGAAGGCAAAGAAGAAAUGUUAGGAUUUCCUCCUUACACAUAAAAUUGUUGGAUGAAAAGAAUUUUUUUUGCACAAACUUCACUUUAAAUCGUGCCACUGAUAAAGGA